CAAUCAGAUGUAUUUGCUCCCUUAGCGGUUUUUCUGCUGAACACAACCAAUACUUUUAUGAAGUUAUCAGAUAUCAGCAUUCAUGAAGACAGGAAACUAUUCUGUUUUUCCAUUACUUUCCGUAAUUUUUGUGACAUCUAAUAAAAAAUCCAUCAAGUAUUGUUAAAGCAUUUUGUUUUAUCAUUGCACUUCAAAUCACUCUUUGUUAUACAAGUCUCACGAGUUCCUCACGUAUUACAUUUCUUGUGUUUUCAUUUUUUUCAAAUCUUGACAUUUCUAUUGAUUUUUCACUAUUUUAACGAGGACUUUAUCGUACAGCUUCAAGUUAUUCGUGUAAAAAUCUGUAAUACGUGUGAAAUCGGUAUUUUCUUGAGUAUGCAUUGUAAAAGAUAAGACUAUUGAUCUAGCUCAAAGUAUUGUCCACGAAUAGAAUGGCCACCGUACCGGUAACAGAACUAAAACCUACUUUAGAAAAGCAACAAAAUAAUCCAGUAAAUGAAAAAGAUGAGGAUAAACCUGAGAAAAAAUUAACUGUAUUGGAAACUCAUGGUUAUGCACUGGGUAGAACAGUUGGAGCUGGGUCAUACGCUACCGUCAAGGUGGCAAAAUCCGACAGACAUAACUGUCAGGUAGCAGUGAAGAUAGUUUCAAAAUUCCAGGCGCCGGGUGAUUAUUUGAAGAAAUUUUUACCGCGGGAGAUAGAAGUCGUCAAAGGCCUGAAGCAUUCUAACUUGAUUAGAUUUCUCCAAGCCAUAGAGACCACGCAUAGAGUUUACAUUGUCAUGGAGUAUGCACAAAAUGGUAGUUUACUGGACGUUAUAAGAAGAGAUAUGUUUAUUGAUGAGACCCGGAGUCGCCGUUGGUUUCGUCAAUUAUUAGAAGCUGUUGAUUACUGUCAUGAACGUGGAGUGGUCCAUAGAGAUAUUAAGUGCGAAAAUCUUCUCAUGGACAAGGAUUUCAAUAUAAAAUUAUCAGAUUUUGGUUUUGCUCGUGGCCAUAUGAAGCCAAAAAAUGGCAUAGCACCUUUGAGCGAAACUUUUUGCGGUAGUUAUGCAUAUGCCUCUCCUGAGAUAUUACGUGGAAUACCAUAUCAGCCUCAGAUGUCUGAUAUCUGGUCUAUGGGUGUCGUACUAUUCGCUAUGGUUUAUGGGAGGCUUCCUUUUGAUGACUCAAAUUACGCGCAACUUCUUAAGCAGGUGCAAAACAAAGUUACUUUUCCAAAGGAUCCAAAAGUAUCCCAACCUUGUCGUGUACUAAUAACACGGAUACUGGCGCCGCAACGUACAAGACUUCGAAUUGCAAUCAUUAGAAAUGACCCUUGGCUCAUUGUGGCUGUAGCAAUAGCUCAAACGUCCACCACUGAUAAAUCUGUGGAUAAUAUUCCGACAAUUUCUACGGCAACAGAAACCAAAGUUUUUGUGCCGGAAACGCCUGAUAUUCCGAAGUUACUGACUAAGGAGGCUUUAGUUACGAAACAUCAAGAUACUAAUAUUGGUAUAGGAUUGGAAAAUGAACUUCCAAUUAAGGAAAUACAAGCUCAUUCAUCUUCAAAGUCAAUUGAAGGAAAUUAUGAGAAUCGUGGGAAGAAACGUACGGAGAAUCGACGUAACUUGUGAAACUCUGAAAGCUGAUGUAAUUUAUAUUGCAUGACAGCCUAAAUUUUUGUUUGCUUUCUGAUUAAUGGUUUUAUGGAAUAAAGUAAUUGAGCAUCAGUCAAGAUAA